UAAAUUAAAGUGAAAAUCUCCACUAAAUUGAAACGCUAACAGAGUUAUACGCUCCUGCUUUUUUCCCUCUUCCUCUUUCUUCUUCACUGAAACACACAACAAACACCUUGUGAACAAUUUCACAAAUCCGAUAAAAAUUCAGGCCUAUUUCAUCGUAUGUCGUUUAUAUACUCCAUUAGCUGAUUAUUAUAUAAAAGUAACAGUUCACCACUGAAACAGAUGCAAAACACAUAAAAAAUUAGAAGUAAAAAUGGCAGAAGUAGACAAUUUAUUGACAAAAAAAGUAGCAGAUCGUUACCUAAAACGUGAAAUUUUAGGUGAAGGUACUUAUGGUGUUGUCUUCAAGGCCAUUGAUACUAAGAGUGGCCAGACUGUUGCUAUCAAGAAAAUUCGUCUUGGGAAACAGAAAGAAGGGGUGAAUUUCACUGCCCUUAGGGAAAUAAAAUUAUUGAAAGAGCUGAAGGAUCCUCACGUUAUUGAAUUGAUUGAUGCCUUCCCUCACAAAGGAAACUUGCAUCUUGUGUUUGAGUUCAUGGAGACAGAUCUUGAGGCUGUGAUUCGUGAUAGGAAUAUCUUCCUCUCACCUGCGGAUAUAAAAUCUUAUAUCCAGAUGACAUUGAAAGGACUUGCUUUUUGUCACAAGAAAUAUGUCUUGCAUAGAGAUAUGAAACCAAACAAUUUAUUGAUUGGACCUAAUGGGCAGCUUAAACUUGCUGACUUUGGAUUAGCACGUCUAUUUGGUAGCCCUGAUAGAAGAUUCACUCACCAGGUCUUUGCCCGGUGGUAUAGAGCACCAGAGUUAUUGUUUGGUGCAAAGCAGUAUGGACCUGGAGUAGAUGUUUGGGCCGCUGCAUGUAUCUUUGCCGAGCUCCUCCUGCGUCGACCAUUUCUGCAGGGAAACAGUGAUAUUGAUCAGCUGGGAAAGAUUUUUGCGGCUUUUGGGACCCCAAAGCCUUCGCAGUGGGCUGAUAUGGUCUACUUGCCUGAUUAUGUGGAGUACCAAUAUGUCCCUGGACAGCCACUGAAAACAUUGUUUCCAACGGCUACUGAGGAUGCUUUAGAUCUUCUGUCAAAGAUGUUCUCAUACGACCCAAAAGCUAGAAUAUCAGCACAGCAAGCUUUGGAGCAUAGGUACUUCUCAUCAGGACCUCUACCUACAGAACCAGCUCUGCUUCCAAGACCUCCCCCCAAGCGGGAAUCCGCAAACCCUAGGGUUUCAGAGUUCAAUCCACAUGAUGGUCCUGUAGUAUUGUCUCCACCAAGAAAGUCAAGGAGAGUGAUGCCACAGCGCGAAGGAUUUGAGGCAAAUAUGCGUCCAGAGAAGAUGGAUGGCCAUGGAAAUGCCGGUGAGAGGAGUGAACAGGUACCCAUGUCACUGGAUUUCUCAGUCUUUGGGAUGAGACCACCUACUAGACCGACCAUUAACAGCGCUGACAGAUCACAUUUAAAGAGGAAAUUAGAUCUUGAAUUCCAACCCGAAGAGGAAUAACAUAAUCUGUCUUGAGUUUUUCGUUCAUCUGGAUGAGGGUUUCUAUAUUGCUAAUGAGAUGCUUACCCGUUUAUCAGGUCAUGUGCACUACCAUGAUUUUGCCGUUCUGGUGAACAAAGGAGAAGAAUCCUUAUCAACAUCGGGUACACUGUUGCAUCAAAUGCCCCAUCUUUUUUUGGUUUGGGUGAAAGUCGCCAUUCGCCAAUAUAACGGAGGAUCUUGCAGAGUAUAUUGGAACAGGGUAAUAAUGUUUGCCUAAUUCAUUCUUUAUCGUCGAGAGGGUGUAAUUGUAAUGCGGGUAUACCAAUUCUAUCAUUUCGUAUAAACUCAAAUUGAAGAUACUGUUUGUAGAAUGACAUAACUGAUAUCUGUCUGUUCGAGAAUAUAUCUAACUUGACAAAUGUGAGUUUGUGACUCAAUGUAUUGCUUUUUUGGAGU